AUGUUGAUGAGGCACUACGAGGCUGAUUUCCCCGAACGCCGGUGCGAGGACAAGUCAGAGCCAUCACAACAUGACAAACAGUUUAUGCACACUGUGACAACAUCAGCACAUCUGAUCGAUGGCCAUUACACCAUCAAGCUGCCUCUGAAGGAAGACUCUGUGAAGAUGCCAUGCAACCGUGGUAUAGCUGAGCAACGGCUGAACUCCCUGAAGCGGAAGUUUAACAGAAAUGCAGACUUCUUUCAAGAGUACAACAGCUUCAUGAACAACAUCCUGGAGAAAGGUUACGCCACCAGAGUUCUAGAUGAGCAGCUGAGUCGCAGUGACGGGAGAGUGUGGUUCAUCCCACACCAUGGGGUGUACCACCCGAAAAAGAAAAAGUUGAGGGUUGUGUUCGAUUGCGCGGCAACAUACCAAGGAGUGUCGCUGAACGACAGACUGCUACAAGGGCCGGACCUUACAAACACCCUAAUCGGAGUGCUGCUGAGGUUCAGGCAGGAGCCUGUCGCACUGAUGGCGGACAUCGAAUCCAUGUUCUACCAGGUGCGGGUUCCAGACGAAGACGCGGAUUUGUUGCGCUUCCUUUGGUGGCCAGGCGGCAAUUUGAACAAACCUGUGGAAGAGUACAGGAUGUGCGUGCACCUCUUCGGAGCCACGUCGUCCCCCAGUUGCGCUUCGUAUGCGCUCAGGAGAACAGCACAAGGCGCAGCUGCAACUACUUCACCAGAAGCCGCAGAGACAGUCCUCAAAAACUUCUAUGUGGACGACUGUUUGAAGUCAGUUGCCACCGAAGAGGAAGCUGUGCAUCUUGUAAAGGAGCUGACGGAGUUGUGUGCCAGUGGCGGCUUCCACUUAACCAAGUGGGUAAGCAACAGUAGGGCCUUGCUGUGCUCCAUCCCUGGCGACGAAAGAGCAGCUGAAGUCAAAGAUCUGGACUUGCAGCAAGACGAACUACCAGUUGAACGAGCGUUAGGCGUGCAGUGGUGCACAAGUUCCGAUAGCUUCAAGUUCAAGAUUCAGCUGCCUGACAAGCCAUGCACAAGACGAGGCAUCCUUUCAGUUGUUAGUUCGGUGUAUGACCCGAUGGGGUUUUUGGCGCCACUACUCCUGCCCGUCAAGCUCAUUCUGAGAAACCUUUGCAAGAACAAACGAGGCUGGGAUGAGGAAAUCUCAGAGAAGCCACAACGAACAUGGAAGAAGUGGCUAGCAGACCUUGACAAGCUGUCAGAGCUCAGCGUGAGCAGAUGUUUCAAGUCCAGCUCAUUCGGAGUCACAAAGGUCGCACAAAUUCACCAUUUUUCCGACGCAAGUCAAGACGGAUACGGGGUUGUGUCUUACCUCCUGUUGACGAAUGAGCAAGAACAGAAACACGUUUGCUUCUUGAUGGGCAAGUCCCGAGUUGCUCCGCUUAAGCAAGUUACGAUCCCAAGGAUGGAGUUGACAGCCGCCAUGGUCUCAGUCAAGGUUGACCGAAUGCUAAAAGAAGAACUUCAAGUUCCCUUGACACAUUCCAUCUUCUGGACAGAUAGUACGACUGUACUAAGGUACAUUGAAAAUGACGCUCUUCGUUUCAAGACGUUUGUGGCUAACCGCGUCUCUUUCAUUAGAGAAGCCACCACAAGAGCUCAGUGGAAGUAUGUCAACACCUCCCAGAACCCAGCUGAUCAAGCUUCAAGAGGCUUAAAGAUAGAGAGCUUCAUGUCAAGCGACAACUGGUUUCAAGGGCCUAGCUUCCUGAGCGAGCCUGACCACUGGCCAGAGCAACCUGAACAGUCUACUUACCUGUCAGAAAGUGAUGAAGAGGUGAAGACAUCAGCUGCUGUAUCGUGCACGAAUCCAGUGGUCGACAACACAGAGCCAGUGAACCAACUUGUGGAGCAUUACUCCAGCUGGUACAGACUCAAGAAGGCAACUGCUUGGAUUCUGCGCCUAAAAGAGAUACUGCAACACCUGAGUGAGAAAAGAAAAGAAUUAGUGAAAGCUGUGAAAGAAUCUGAACAUGACACAGAAAAACACAAAGCAAUGGUUGAAGAACAAAUGAACACCUGUAAAAAGAACUUGGAAAAGAAAAUGCUCACAGUUGAAGAGCUAUCCAGAGCAGAAAUGGAGCUGAUCAAAUACAGUCAGAGACAGACCUAUGCUGAAGAAAUAAAAGUUCUACAGAAAGGAAAUAAAAAUGUGAAAAGAACCAGCUCAAUUUUCAAAUUGGAUCCAUACUUACAAGAUGGUGUUUUGAGAGUAGGGGGCCGCCUGAACAGAUCAGCGAUGCCUGAGGAGGCCAAGCAUCCUUUCCUUCUGUCGAAACAACACAGAGUAGCCUACCUCAUUCUCCACCAUACCCACCUAGAAACCGGAUGCGGCGGCAGAAAUCUUGUCCUGGCAAGACUAAGACAACGAUAUUGGAUACCUAGAGCCAAUGCAGCAGCAAGAACAGUGAUCACAGAGUGCAACCUCUGUAAAAGACUGCAUGCAAAGGCUGGGGAACAGAAAAUGGCAGACUUGCCACAAGAUCGUCUGCUACCCGACAAACCGCCUUUUACAAACACAGGCAUGGACUACUUUGGUCCUUUUGAGAUAAAAAGAGGACGAGCCAAGGUCAAACGGUACGGAGUGCUCUUCACAUGUCUGACAGUCAGAGCAGUGCAUAUAGAAGUCGCAUACUCCCUCGACACGGACUCGUGUAUCAACGCUCUACGUCGGUUCCAAGCCAGACGAGGCCAAGUGUCUGUCAUCCGUUCCGACAACGGCACUAAUCUGGUCGGUGCAGAGAGAGAGUUGAGACAAGCCUUGAAAGAACUGGACCAGAGCCGCAUCAAUGAAGCUAUGAUGCAGAAGGGAGUGCAGUGGCUGUUCAACCCGCCUGCUGCAUCUCAUCAUGGCGGCAUAUGGGAACGUCAAAUUCGUACCGUGAGGAAGGUCCUGCGUUCUGUUGUAAGGCAACAAUCGUUAGAUGAUGAAGGACUGCAGACUUUCCUGUGCGAAGUUGAGAGCAUCAUCAAUGGGAGACCUAUUACAACCAACACAGAUGACCCCAACGACCUCGAGCCGUUAACCCCAAAUCAUCUACUCCUGUUGAAGACGCAACCCAGCAUGCCACCUGGUGUGUUCAGUAACGACGAUGUCUACGCACGACGGCGCUGGAGACAAAUUCAGUAUAUGACUGAUUUAUUCUGGAGGAGGUGGACCCAGGAGUAUCUGCCACUAUUGCAAGAGCGGCAAAAAUGGCUUGGAUUGAAGAGGAGCUUCAAGGUUGGAGAUGUCGUCCUUGUCGCGGAUCCAUCCCUGGCCAGGAACUGCUGGAUGCUGGGCAGAAUCACCAAGGUCGUGCCAGACUCCAGAGGGGUGGUCCGAAGUGCUGAAGUCCGGACGAAGACCAGCACCAUCCAAAGACCAAUAACUAAACUUUGUUUAUUGCAGGGAGAAGAAUGAAGAAAGAAGAGAAAGACUUACCUGAGAAGAUUAAACUUACCUGAAAGCUGAAGAAAGUUAAUGAUAAGUUAGAUAUGCAGUAAAAUGGUAAUGGCUCUGAGUUUAAGUUUUAAGUUGAUAAUUGAUAUGCUAAGGCCUAGUCAAUUAGGGGCUGGGAUAU